AUGGCGGCCCACGUCAACCUCAGCACCCGAGACGCCAAUGUCCUCGAAAAGAUCAAGGACCCCGAAGCCAACCCGGCGGCGGCCCUCGUCACCGAUUCCUCCCUGCCACGCGACCCCCACGUGACGGAUUCGCUCGUCUACGAGGACCUCGUCCGACGAGAACGUGCCGUUAUACUCGUCAUACAGGACAUCGAACGGCAGCUGAGCGACGCUCAAACCGAAGACGCUGACGACGUCGCCAUCGAGGCCUACAACCGGUGCCUAUCCGACCUAGACUCCCUCGUCGCCGAGCACCCCGACUACGCGAGCGCGAGAAACAACCGAGCGCAACUCCUGCGCCGUCUCUACGGAGACGCCAUGCUCCUUCACAUCACCACCGGCAUGCCCAUGCCCCUGAUUCCUCAGCCGCCGCCUUCCGACAGGCGACGGGCGGCCCGGACGGUGCUGCAUGACAUCGAGCGCUCCAUCGCACUGCUCUCACCUGCGACCCCGACGACGCCACUCUCGCCGCAGGCGGCACGUACGCUGUCCAUGGUCCACACCCAGCGCGCCGCCAUCUACCUCAAAACCUCCAAGCUACUGCCGGACCGGCGGCUGGACCUCGACGAGAGCCUCGCCGAAGCCCGGUGGUCACGACACAACUUUGAAGAGGCCGCUUCGAGGGACCUCGCCAACGGCGGCCGUUACGGCAAUCAGCUUGCCAAGAGCCUCGCCGUGAGCGUCAACCCGACCGCGAAGCUGUGCGGCCAGAUUGUGCGCGAGGCAUUGAAGAAGGAGUACGGCCCGUCAUUCGAAGUGUAA